UUUGACAGUUUACCAACUAUUUGACAUAAAUGUGAUGCUGGUUGUGUGUUAUUUUUCAGCGUUUUUCUUUAAUUAAUUUGAGUUUAGUGUCUUAAAUAUAAUUAUAUCAUAAUAUUUUGAACAAACUCUACAUAAAGUGUUUGUUCUGCAUUUUAUUAAUCAUGGUUGGGCACUAUGACGAGAAUAUGUUACCUGAAAUGUUGCCUAUUUAUUACACCCGGCUUUUCCCGCAAAACAUAUUUUGUAGGUGGCUCACUUGUGGGAGUUAUCCACAGCCACUUUCAAACCGGGAGCUAUCGUUUACAUUAGCUGAUGAUGUUUAUUUGCGGUAUUUGACUAUUUGUAAUCAAAAGGAGUUGCAAACACUUCUCCAGAAGAAAUGUCCUCAUAAGUUGGAUAUAGGAGCUGUUUAUAAUACAAAACCUUCAAUAGGACGUCACGACGCAGUUGUGUUGUCCAGAGAGCUGGUGUUUGAUAUAGAUCUUACAGAUUACGAUGAAGUCCGAACAUGCUGCCAAGAAGCCAAAGUGUGUGAGAAAUGUUGGAAAUUCAUGAUAAUAGCUUGUGAAAUUAUUGAUAGGACAUUGAGAGAGGAUUUUGGUUUCCAAAGCAUCUUGUGGGUGUUUUCUGGUAGAAGAGGUAUUCAUUGCUGGGUAUCUGAUUAUGAAGCUCGGACAUUAGACAGUCCUGGCAGGGGAGCGGUGGCUGACUACAUGUGCUUGAUAAUGGGAGGUGAUAAUCAAAACAAGAAGGUUCAUCUUGGAAGUGAUAAUCUACAUUCAAGUAUUAGGAGAGCACUCACUAUAAUAGAUAAGUAUUUUGAACAGUUGCUACAAGAGCAAGAGUUUCUUAGCACUUCAGACCGAUUGGACAAGAUGUUAAAAAUGAUUCCUGAUGAAACAUUGAGGUCUCUAGUUAAAAAAAGUUUAGAAAGCAUGCCUGAAGCUUCUCUAGACAGAUGGAAUACAUUCAUAAAUGUGUAUGAGAAUUAUUGCAGAGAGUCAGGAAAUAAUGUCAGAAAAAUAAGGUACUUGGUAGAAGAAAUCAAAAUUCAGUACAGCUAUCCUAGAUUAGAUGUAAAUGUCACUAAAGGGUUCAACCAUUUACUCAAAUCACCAUUCAGUAUUCACCCGAAAACUGGCAAAGUUUCUGUUGUAUUCAAACCAAAUAAUGCAAAGAAUAUGAAACUGGAUGAAAUACCUUCUAUCUAUAGUUUAUUGGAUGAUAGCUCCCCAGACCAUGUUCAACAUGAAACCAAUAUGAGAGCAGCUGUGAAAAACUUCCAGGAAGUGGUAUUUUCGCUAGAGAAAUCUGAGGCAAUCAGAAGAAAAGCUGAUGCUAAUAUGUCUCUGGAAUUUUGAGGACCUUCUUUCUUAUUUAGCCUAAAAUAUCAAGCAAGUUAUCAGCACCAAACUGAAGGCAGUUUGGUGCUAGGAAGUAAGGACUUUCUAACACAAUGCAUCAUAGAUGAAGUUUUCUGGCUCAAAACAAACAUCAGCAUACAACAAACAAAGCCAAUACUUUAAGUAAAAUAAAACAAAUUAAAUUUUAAAAUAUCUUUUUAUUUCCCCAUACCAAGCAAUAGCUAGAUUCGUCAAUAGAACUGGAAUUAACAAAGUCUAUUGUAUAAAAAUAAUAU